UUUUUCUCUGUGGCGCGAGUUCUGAGACCCUGUAUUUCGUAAUUAUUAUUAUUAAUCGAAAAUUAAAAAUUAAUUACAGAUAUUAGAAAACUACGAUACAGAAACGCUAAAGAAGAUUUACCUAGAUAAAAAUACAGUGUAUAAAAUAGCUCCAAAAUAUAAAAUUCAAUCAAGUUGGCUUCACAACGAAUCCCUAAAAUCAAUGAGCACUCUUGGGAUAGAAAAUGUACAAGAAAUCCUUAAAAUUCUCUCAAUAAUUUUGAAUCUAGGCAAUGUGGAGUUUAAAGAGACCGAUCAAGGUUAUAAAGUCGCUGAAAAUUCAAUAAUCUACUUCCAAAAUGUUUGUAAAUUGUUGGCGUGUAACGAGACUGAGUUGUUCAAUUUGUUCACCAAAAGACUGUUGGCGGCAAAAUCAAAAAGGUGCACCUUUUGCUUCUCGAACUGCGUAACUCUGGAAGAAUGCGAAGAACGGAAGAACACGAUCAUGAGGUUCCUAUACGACGGACUCUUUAACUGGAUCGUGAAAAAAAUCAACGAUAAAACUCGUUCGAAGAUUAAAUGCAGUAAUAUUGGUGAGGACCUUAGACUAAACACCGCGUAGAUAGAGCAAUUCAUUUUUAUUUUCAGGUAUUUUGGAUAUAUACGGUUUUGAAAUAUUCUCAAGCAACACGUUCGAGCAACUCUGUAUAAAUUACGCUAACGAACGAUUGCACGAAUUCUUCGUGAAAAACUACAUUGAAAAAGAGCUUGAAGAUUUUGAAAAUAAGGAAAACUCGCCCACAAUUAAUAAUUACAAGCAAAGAAUAGAAAUACUGGAUGGGCCUGUAUCAAUUUUCGGGAUUUUGAAUGAAGUAUAUAGCUUAUAUACUGCCC